CAGCAACAGGCGACCAUAUUCUAAUUAAGGGAAUUUACAAGUCCAGGGAAGUGGCGAUAAAGAACAUUCACAAAACGGAGAUAGAUGUGCGGAAUCGCGCGAUAAUGCUGGAGAUGAAGCUGAUGCGUGAGUUGAACCACGAGAACCUCGUGCGUUUCUACGGAGCAUGCAUCGAGCCCCCCAACAUCUGUACCAUCACUCAGUACUGCGCAAAGGGCGCGCUAACCGACGUGCUGGCGGACGACGACAUGAGAUUAGACGAUAUGUUCAUCAUGUCCUUCAUAAGUGACAUAAUAGCGGGGUGUCUGUAUCUACAUAGAAGUGAGCUAAAAACACACGGUAACCUGAAGUCGUCUAACUGCCUUGUUGACAGUCGAUGGGUCAUCAAGUUAACGGACUUUGGCUUGCAGCAAUUUCUGAAAUCCGAUAAUAAUGAACGACAAAGCAAAGAUCUGAUGUGGACCGCUCCAGAGUUGCUACGCCAUCCCGAGGCUCGAGUGUACGGUACACAGGCCGGGGAUGUCUACAGCUUCAGCAUCGUUAUACAGCAGAUAUUCACUCGCUCCCCGCCGUACGAUACUAACCGAAUGCUACCCGAAGAUAUCAUUGAUAGAGUUCAGAGAGGCGUUAAGCCGUAUUUCCGUCCCAGCAUAUCGAAGGAGAGGUGUCCUAACACGCACAUCUGGAGAUUGAUGGCGCUGUGCUGGGACGAGAUGCCAGAUUUGCGACCAGAUUUCACACACAUCGCCAAAGUCUUCAAGGUUGCCAACGGCGGAAGAACAAUGCGUAUAAUGGACAACAUGGUAUCGAUGCUGGAAACGCAUGCGAACCAUUUGGAAGAGCUGGUGGCAAACCGAACUAAGCAGUUGUAUGAGGAGAAAAAGAAGACGGAUGAACUAUUGUACAGAAUGUUGCCUGCCGUCGUUGCAGAACGACUGAAACAGGGCAAGUACGUUCAAGCGGAGACGUACGACGAGGUCACGAUCUACUUCUCCGACAUCGUCGAAUUCACCUCGUUGUGUGCGGAUAGCACGCCUCUACAAGUUGUGGAUUUCCUAAAUGAUCUCUACACGCUAUUCGAUGGAACGAUUCCAAACUACGAUGUUUACAAGGUUGAAACUAUAGGAGAUGCCUACAUGGUUGCGAGCGGCCUGCCUAUGAGGAACGGUAAUAGACACGCUGCUGAGAUAGCGAAUAUGGCGCUAGAUCUCCUGACAAAGGUUAAAACCUUCGAGAUCCGGCAUCUGCCAGGCGCUAGGUUGCUGCUGCGUAUCGGAAUACAUACAGGCCCGUGCGUGGCUGGUAUAGCCGGACUGACAAUGCCUAGAUACUGUCUCUUCGGCGAUACUGUCAACACAGCUUCUCGCAUGGAAUCCACCGGCUUAG